AUUUUAUACAAAUGUAUGCUAAGUGUGUUUUUACCUCUUUAUUACUUAUCAAAUUACAGGUAUAUUGAGUGCCCAGAUUUACUGAAGGUUCAGUCACCAAAACCAAGUACACCAACAGACUUCUCAUACCUUCUUCCUUUUAUUUCUUCGGAAGCAUGGGCUCAGAUAUCUGCCAGAGUCGCCAACUUUGGAAAUCAGCCAACACAGCUAUCAUUGGUGCAGCUAGUUAUACAAAAGUUCAGUCAAGCAGCUCUUAAACAUCACAGAUGUGCUUUAAGCUUGGCUACAGUGUGCAACCACUCAAACCAGAAUCCCACUAAAGAAACUCUGGAAACUCUGACCAAGUACUUGAUGAGUGCAAUGGACUUGUGGGGAAGCAACGUAUCUCUGUUAAUGACUGUUCAUCUUGUUUAUAUUCUGCCCUUCAUUGAUGAUGGUCAUCUUCCUGUCAUUGCAAGGUUCGUAGUUUUUGUUCAUAGUUCACCAGUACUUACCAUUAUAGGUGCCUAAACUGGCUGUAUAAGGUCUUUUCACUGAACAUGUUUUCUUAUACCUUUUUUUAUGUAACUGGUGGGAC